AUGACAUCAAGAGGAUCUCAAGAAGAUAGUAAUGUUAUAAAUCCUAAUGAAAAUGUUUCCAAUAGUCCAGAACAAAUGAAAGGUAUUAAAAAAAAGACAAAUAGUAAAUCACCAUGUACCAAUUCAACAAAUUCAGAUAUUACAAAUUCAGAUGAAUUAGACAAGACUCAAAAAAGUGAAACUUCAGUAUCAGCAAAAAAAUAG